GCGCAAAUAUGGAUAAAGUGCAGACCAGUGGAAAGGUGAUGCAUUUUAAUGACCCCCAGGAAACAGUUAAAAAGCUGAUCAACCAGUCCCAGCAUGCAAAGGAGCAAGCCUACUGCCCCUACAGCAAAUUCAGAGUGGGAGCUGCUCUCCUGACCCUCGAUGACCACAUGUUUACAGGUUGCAAUGUGGAGAAUGCGUGUUACAACCUGGGGAUCUGUGCUGAGAGGAACGCUAUUUCGAAGGCAGUGUCAGAAGGCUACAGAAGUUUCAAGGCCAUUGCCAUUGCCAGUGACUUGAAUGACCAGUUCAUCUCCCCGUGUGGUGGCUGCAGGCAGUUCAUGAGAGAGUUUGGAUUAUGUUGGGACGUAUACCUGUCAAAGCCUGACGGCACCUACCAGAAGAAGACUGUGAACGAGUUGUUGCCAGUCUCGUUCGGCCCUGAUGAUUUGUCCAUGAAGAACGUGCCAUAAUUAGUGCUGAACCUGUAUUCUAGUUCAAAAAACACACAAGUGUUAAUACCAUAAUUUGAACUUGUCAAGUACUGUGCUUAAUGCACGUGCUGAACAUUGUGUUUAGCAGUAGUUUGUUUUAUGGCAAAUGUUUGUUGUAUUAUCUGCUGAUUGGAAAAAAUGUCACAUUUAACCUUACUUUACGUCUACUUUAAUAUUAAUAAGACAUCAAGAUAAUGCCCAUACUAUUAGCUGGAAAAUUCAUUGUACCUUAGUGAUCUAUUCAUUUGCAUUAACAUAUUGAAUGCUGUAUUGUUGUAGUUAAAAAUAUGUAUUAGUUUAAAGAAUGGAAAUGACAAAUAUCCAAGCAGGUCA